UUCAAAGAUGAAAACAAAUCUGCCGAUUUGGCAGAAGUACUUCAUCACUUUCAGAACACGUAUGUACCAAAACAGCCUGAUGGGAUUUCAACCAUUUUGGUUGGAGGCGACAGGCUUUCCGAAGCAAAUAGCAGAAACCUGCAGUGGGCCUAUGCCAAUGGUCUGAAUACGGAGGAGCGAUUGGAUGGCAUGGAAUUCAUGUUUGAGGACUGGCAUGCGAUUAGGAUGCUAUUUCAAAUCCACUACAAAGUGUUCUUCAGUGAGAAAUCUGCAAAGGACCAUGGGACUCUGUGCGCCAACAUGACAAAGUUGAGGUGCAGCAAUGCGAAACAGGGUCCCAAGGCUGCCUACAACGCAUACAAACAUUUUGUCAUCACAGACACUACUGCGCUGCUUCUGACGGCUGCCAUGGAGCACUUUGGCCUGAAGGAUAUCGAAGAAAUCCCGGAAUCGUUUGUUCCUGAGGACAUUGCAUCAGGAUCAACAGACACGAGGCGAACAUGGUUGCAUGCCAAAUCUGCUGAGGUGGUCGAUAAGUACAUCCUGCUUGGGGAUGCGGUUGAGGCCAUGACUGGUCUCGGCGAAGCAGAUGUGACAUCGACUCAGGCAACGCAGUACCCUUGUCGAGCGCCAGGCUGUCAGCAGGUAUACACCUAUCCCAAAUCCAGAGACAAUCACGAGCUUAAAAAGCACAACUUACACGUGUCCCCCGAAACAUUGCCUGGUACAUCACUCAACAAAGACCACAAGCAGGAACAUACCUUGGCGCGUCUCAGCUUCAGCUUUCUCCUUUGGGACAUGCUGGAUGCUGUGAAAGAGGGUGACGGAGAACGACUGAUGAGGCUGUACAAAGUAGCUCUGCUCUUCUACAAAGCCCAUGCGCACAGCCACUAUGCAUACAGUACGUUACUCCUGACACUUCAGGUGAAUGCGUGCCUGACGCCUCGGAUGUCGCACAGCGUGACCUGGAACAGGUUUUGGAGCACUAGGGGAGGGAAUGGAGGCAACAUCCCCUUAGACCUUCAUUUAGAACACCUCAACAACUUCCUGAAGUCUUUCUUGAAGGGUCAGGGUCCAAACCUGUCUGAAGCGUCUGCUAGCCGAGUCAGCAAGGCCAUAGGCGUUUUGAAAGAGAUAAUGGACAAAGUUGAUAGUGAACUGGGUGUGAAAAAGCCAAGUGGCAUCCAUCGUGCUGAGCAGCAGACACAGGAUAUAUUGACUCUGAUUAAUGUUUUCAGGGAGGGUCAACUGUUGUCAAAGAUACCUGGAAGGGAAUUUCGGGCUUUCCCGAAGUUUGACAGCAAUCUGUUGCACAAAAUGAAAAAAAAGGAAAUGUGGGAGUGGAUGAUGCUCAAACUGAAAGAGUGGAGAAAAAUGAAAAAAUAA